AUGGCAUAUGCAACCUGCGUUUAUUUAAGAAAUGAAAAUGAAAAUAAAGUUUCGUGUCAUUUAGUUCAAGCACGAUCUAGAGUUGCUCCUCUAAAACCCACAUCAAUUUGUAGACUAGAAUUAUUAGCUUGUGUUGUUGGUGCAAGAUUAAUGAAAUCUAUAAAACAAGAUUUGAAGGAAGAAAAUAUACCUACGUUUUAUUGGACAGAUUCAAGGAACACAUUGUACUGGAUUAAGAAUGAAGAAAAUUGGGGUGUAUUUGUUAUGAAUAGAGUGAAAGAAAUACGAGCUCUUACUAAUCCUGAUGCAUGGAAUUAUGUUCCUGGCAACUUGAAUCCUGCGGAUAUUCCGUCAAGAGGAUGUUCUGUUGAAACUAUUAAAGCCAAAAGAUGGCAUGAAGGUCCAGCAUGGUUGAAGUUGAAUCCAGACUGUUGGCCUACUUGUGAUAUUUCUCCUGACAAAGAUAUGAUUGAUCGAGAAAGAAGAAAAACAGUUGUAUCCUCGUUAACAAAUGUAGAUGAAGAAUUUUCGCAUUUCUCACGAAUUUCUUCUUUUGAGAAAAUAAUUAGAGUUACAGCUUGGAUAAAAAGGUAUAUUGAUAACUGCAGAGAUAAAAACAGAACAACGUCAAAGAACUUAGAAAUCGAAGAAUUGAAUGCAGCUGAAGUUCUUGUUUGGAAAAUUGUGCAAAGGGUCUCCUUUAAAACAGAAAAGGAUAAACGCUUACGAAAUUUAAAACCAUUUGUUGAUUCAUCUGGUCUUUUAAGAGUAAAGUCAAGAAUAUUAAUGAGACAAGACUUCGAAAAUUUUAGAACACCUGUAAUCCUACCUCCUGAACAUCCAGUUGUCUCUAAACUGAUUAUGGAAAAACAUGAACAACAAAUGCAUUGCGGAACUCAGACUUUAAUGGCAAUGCUACGAGAAAAUUUCUGGAUUUUGAAAAGUCGUAAAACUAUUCGUAAAGUGUUGAAAAACUGCACUAAAUGUAGAAGAUUUGAUUCGAGGCCCUCCACGGUACAAUCCGCACCUUUGCCAAAGGACCGUGUUAAAGAUUCUUCUAUUUUUGAAGUGACAGGUAUCGACUUAGCUGGCCCUUUGUUUUUAAAAAAUGGAUCGAAAACGUGGAUCGUUUUAUUUACAUGUGCUGUAUACAGGGCAAUUCAUCUUGAACUUUUAACGUCUUUGUCAACAGAUAACUUUUUAUUGGCUUUCCGACGUUUUUAUAGCACGCAGAGGAAGACCUGA